AUGGACAGGCACAAGGCCUUGAUGAGCGGCUACCCAGCCUACCCCCGCGGCCAGAGCAGUUACCGAUUCCAACCACGUCCACAAACAGCCCUGCGACGACGAAGACAGCUAAUCAACCGACUGAUCCUCCUCGGCGGCGUCUCCCUGUUCAUAUCCAUCCUCAUCUUUCCCUCAUGGCGAGCCGCGAUCCUCCCCACGUUAACCGUGGGCCUCCUCUCCUCCGGCGAAGACUUGCAGCUCCAGACCGUUCGACAUUAUGAUCUUUCUGCGGUGCAGGGAUCAGGAAGUGGUUGGGAGCAUGGGGAGCGGGUGUUGUUGUGCACGCCACUCAGAGAUGCGACUGCGCACUUGCCCAUGUUCUUUUCGCAUCUGCGAAACCUCACCUACCCGCAUAACCUCGUCGACCUAGCAUUCCUGGUUUCAGAUUCGAAAGACGGGACACUUGGUAUGUUGUCGGAGAUGUUGGAGGAGAUGCAGACGGAUCCGGAUCCAGGGAUGACGUUUGGUGAAAUCUCGGUGAUUCAGAAGGAUUUCGGACAGCAGGUGACGCAGGAUUUUGAGAGUCGGCAUGGUUUUGCUGCGCAGGCUGGGCGGAGAAAGAGGAUGGGGCAGGCGAGGAAUUGGCUGUUGACGGCUACUUUGCGGCCGACGCAUAGCUGGGUUUAUUGGAGGGACGCGGAUGUGGAGACUGCGCCGGCUACUAUCAUUGAGGAUCUUAUGAGACAUGAUAAGGAUGUUAUCGUUCCUAAUGUUUGGCGACCCCUGCCUGACUGGUUGGGCGGAGAGCAGCCGUAUGAUUUGAACUCCUGGCAGGAGUCUGAGACGGCGCUGGCUCUUGCUGAGUCAUUAGAUGAGGAUGCAGUCAUUGUGGAGGGAUAUGCCGAGUAUGCCACAUGGCGGCCUCACCUCGCCUAUCUGCGUGAUCCAUUUGGUGAUUCUGAAAUGGAGAUGGAUCUUGAUGGUAUUGGCGGUGUCAGUAUCCUGGCCAAGGCGAAGGUAUUCCGCGCGGGUGUCCAUUUCCCUGCCUUCAGUUUCGAGAGACAUGCCGAGACGGAAGCAUUUGGAAAGAUGGCCCGCCGCAUGGGCUUUUCAGUCGUUGGACUCCCUCACUACACAAUCUGGCAUCUGUACGAACCAAGCGUCGACGACCUUAAGCACAUGGAAGAAUUGGCCCACGAGCAAGAACAGCGCGAGAAAGAAGAAAAAGAAGAGGCUAGACAGAACGAGCGCGUGAACUCUUUAUUCCAGGACCCCAAGUCGCAGUGGGAGGUUGACGGCGCAGUUAUCCACGAUGCCGUAAUGAAGGAGCAGAAGCAAGACCCGAAGAACGUUGAAGCUCAGAAGGGUUCUGGAGAGGGUCCUGCUGCUAGUCCGGUGAAAGAGAGCUCUGGUGCUGAAAGGCAGUGA